GUGAGCAACUGUGUAAAGUUCUCUGUUGAAAUAAUGAUAAGACGCACAGCAAUUGAAUGUAUGAUAUUCUGCGUUUCAAAGUGAAAUGCCUUGUGGCAGCAGCAUUAGGUCGCGGCUAUAGUGGUGACAGGGUCUAAGUUGGAAUUGCUUCAUUUUAUAUUUAUAUGUGUCUACAAAAUUCCGCCAAAGGAAAAAGCGUUUUCGCAGUGAAAAUCUCAUUCAUUGGGCUGACUGAAGUUGUAAAGAGAGAGAGGAUGUCGAUGGCUCAUGCAUGUGGUUCAGUCACUCCUGAUUCACCCCACUUUUCCAUUUUGUGAAUUCACCACGAAAAGCUGAAUGAUAAGAUUAGGCACGGGCGAAAGAAGUAUUUUAUACGUACGAUCGGUGCGACGUUGGCGAAAGUCAGCAGUGUUCGUGCGAGUGCUGAAGAAGUUGUGUGGCGAUCGAGUGCAAAAAAAAACUUUUCUUCUCUCAACUGAGAAAUUUUGUUCUUUUUGGAUUUUUUUUAAAAUACUUUUUGGGAGCAAGGAGGAUUACACGAAGAGUGCCUACGUGGAGGGUUAAGAUAAAUUGAAGAAGUAGUGUGACUCGGAAAUUCCUUCUCUUUCCGCUAAUAGUUUUUUUUUUGGAGUAAUUCAGCGGACUGGAGAGACAAUUAAAGAGAGUCACCCGUAAGAUGUUGCUCCCAUCGGCAGGAUUGGCCACAUUCGGUUUCCUGCUUCUCUCACUCGCCACACCUUCAGUCACCGCAAAUCCAACAUGCCCCGCUGGGUGCACGUGCAUCCUAUCACCAAAUUCAGCCACAACAUUCAGUCAUGUUAGGUGCCAAAAUGCCGAUCAUAUUGCCGAGGUUGGCCCCAUCUCUGUUGAGACGCUCGACUUGUCCAAUGCUGGCAUUGUACGACUCACAAAUCACCUGGAGAAUCUGCAGAAUCUGACGCACUUGGACCUGUCCAAUAAUCGCCUCUCAGAAGCCAAUCGUCUCAAUAAGAAGAUUCGUGAACUCAAUUUGAGCUACAAUCGCAUCACAUCGGGGAAAUUGGGGAAACUUCCGUUGCGUGUUCAAGUACUAAAUCUCACCCACAAUGAGAUCACGUACCUCCCGAUGACACUGAUGAAGCUGAGGGACCUGAAGCAGAUUGAAUUGGCGGGAAAUCGCAUCAACUGCACGUGCGAAACGCUGCAGGUGCGCAAUUGGCUGCAACAGCGGCACGUGUGGUCAGAUCGUCCAGUUAAGUGCCAUUCCCCAAUCAGAUUCAAGGGUAUGCCAUGGCUGCAGGUGAAGCAGGCGGAUGUUUGCGAUGAUGACAGAGAGAGGAAUAUCUGGGGUGAUGCCAAUGAUGACAACGAACUCAUGAUGGGUGAUGCUCCUGCAUCAAGUGGAGACUCUGAGUACGAUGACAAUGAAGAUAACAUCGAAGAUGACUUUAUUCCCUUCAAGGAGGCCGCAGUUGAUGAUGAUGCUGAUGAUGGAUCAGGAGAUGCAGAUGCUGUCAAAGCAGACAGAACACUGAAGCUAUCAAGUGCAACGGAUGGAGCUAUUGUUGAGGGAUCUGGCUUUGGGGGGCGUGCGGUGAACGUUGAAGAAGCAUCAGAGUCGCCUGAAGAUGAUGACGAAGAGUACGAUGAUGAUGGAUCUGGAAGUGGGGCCAUACCCCUCCCACCACUAAUUCCCCUUGAGAAAGCCAUUGAUUUGGACACAAACUCCUUUGAACCACCAACAAGUGAUGAUGAUGACAAUGCUUCACCACUUCCAGAACCCGAUGAAGAGGUCACACGUCCCCCACUUCCAGAUCUUGGGAUUUUUGGUGGUCACGAUGUGCAGAAAGAGGAUGAAGUUACACCGUCAGCUGAAAUUGUUCCCGUUGUCAUGGCAGGUGUUGAAGGUGCACCCAAGGAAUCAAGUGCAGAUGCAGCUGCGUCUAAGGAGGAAUCCGUUAUUCCGUCGAAGAGUGAAAGUGGAACACCAAGCCAGGAAAUCAGGAUAGCUGAACAAACCCCGGAGCAGGCAGAAGAGAAUCGUGCAACUGUUAUCCUCCUCGUUGUUGUGGGUGUUGCCCUAGUUGGGCUUGUUGCCUUCAUAAUUGUCAAGAAGAAGAAGAAGCGUGGACGACGCAAUAGGGCUGAUGCUGAGAAUCCACGUGGUGAGGAGAUGUUGGAUAUGGAUAAGAAACUCCUGGGGAAACCCAUUCAGAAGAAUGGAAACCCCGAAAGUGCUCCACUUAUGCCCAAUAGAGAUAAAUCCGACUAUGCUAAACCCGUAAAUGGGGAUAAAGUUGAUGUUGUGAAUCCCAUUGAUUCAUACCAGAAACCCCCACCGCCGAAGAAGGUGGAAGAACCCGUGCAGAAGCAGGAGAACGUACCGAUGAAUCAAGAGCCAACGGCUCCUCCGGCAGAAGAUGAGAAAAAUCCCCGGAGAAGUUUGUAUGACAACGAUGGCGCUGUUCCCGGGUUGAAUAAUAACGACACAGGGGCAAGAGAUCACAAUGAAGCUCCUGCAGGAGAACCCCUAACUAAUGGGCUGGAUCAUGCACCACCGCACUUGCACAACGGACAACCAGCUGAUGUGCACAAUGGACCUAGUAGUGUGGCUGAUGGUACAGAACCCGAUGCUGCGAAUAAGUACGUCCCCAAGAGUCCUGCCCUGGCACGAUACAGCCCGGUGUACAGUCCGGAAACGGGGAGGGUUAAGAUUAAACUCACGGAAACCCCCAAGCCCAAAACUCCCCUCCUUGUUACGCGAAGUAGAUCAAAUGCCGGGGAUAUCAUCACGACGCCCUACACCAGUCCAAUCAGAGGUCAGCAGCAGACCUAACUGCAACAUAGCAGUUCGGGAAGGCAUCAUCCUUGAAGGAUCCAUCAGCAUGAGUUCUUUUCUGUUAGUCUUCGAAGUCGCUUUAGUCAGAUAUAUAUAUAAUUUUGUCAAAAUGUGGGAGUUUGCUGAGAAGGGGGGGUAUCCGUUCAAAUUGAAGGGAUCCCUACUUCCGAGAAAGAGAGAGAGAGAGAAGGAGAAAAAUCAUAUUUCCGUGUUCAGGACCUCUUAUUUGUGAGUGCCAAAAUGAGAAGAAAAAAAAAAGGAUUUAAUUCCCUUUUUCCUGCAAAAUGUUACACCAGCAUAGAGAAAAAACUGAUCAAAGAGUGAUAUUUAGGUAAAUAGCAGAUGUGCAUCAUUUUUCAACAUAAAUUCAUCAGAAAAAGGAAAAAAAAACGUUUAGGGAAUAUUCUACGACGUCUCCGAGACGUCGCUGCGACCACACAAAGAUGAGGGGAAAUUUACUUUGCCUCCUUCCGGGCUGGGAAUUUGAGUUUUAAACUAAAUUAAGCAUAUUUUAGCACACUUUGGGGCUUUUACUACGCCAUCUCAUUGAAACUUAACUUCCCAGCCUGAGGUGGGAGGGCUUCAUUAGAAUAAAGAAUAAAGAAAAAAAUUAACGGCAUUGAAUUUAAAAAAAAAAAGUGCGAGAAUCGAGCAAAAUUUUACUUAGCCUGUAAAAAAAAAGAGUUUAGAUUAAAAAAGAAGGAAAAAGUAAGAAUGAUAAAGUCAUUUUAUAAUUAAUCUAGAAUGAUAAAAAAAACCAUCUUUGUACAUAAAAAUUCUUUUCCUGUGUGUGUAAUAAAUUUUCAGAGCUGAAAAUGUAAUUAAACUGAGAGAGAGAAAAAAGUUUCUUUUGGGAGUUUUUUUUUAAGAAAGAAAUUUAAUAUCAUUUCAACACGAUAAAAUGGUUUACAUUUUAUUUCUGUUAAUUUAUUGUGAUUAUUCUUCAAAUUGUAUACAAAACUAUUUAAAAUAAAAAAUAAUAAAAUAUCAUAAAAAAUUUA